AUGCCGAAGGCGCUGGCCGCGGCCGGGGUGCGGGCCGACGAGCGGCUGCGGCUGCGGAGGGCGGGGGCGCGUGGUGCCGGGCUGCACGUGCUCGGGCCGGUGGCGGAAGGCGAGGUCCUCCUCAUGGUGCCCAGCGCGGCGCACCUCACGGGCGAGGGGGCGCGCAGGCUCCUGGGCGCGGACGGCCUCGACGGCGAGGCGGCGCUGUGCGCGCUGCUCGCGACGGCGCGCCGGGACGCCGAGAAGGGCGGCGACGCGCUCGGCCUGCGCGAGUACCUGCUGGCGCUCCCCGGCGGCUUCCCCUCCCUGCCACUCUGCUUCUCCGAGGGCGAGGCCGCCGCCGAGCUGCGCGGCACGGCCCUGCUGCCCGCAGUGCAGGCCCUGCGGCAGCAGGUGGACCAGGAGCAGGCCGCGGCCGUCCAGGAGCUGGGCCCCGAGCUGGAGGCGGUCUGGAGCGACAGCAGGUGGCGGUGGGCCCGCGCGGUGCUGCUGACCCGGGCGGGGCCGAGCCUGGGCGUCGCCCACGCUGCCGAGGCGGGCGACGACGGUGCGGGCGAGGCGUGCACCCUGGUGGUCCCCCUCGUCGACUUCUGCAACUGCGCCGCGGACCCCAGCGCCGAGUGCCGGCUCGGCGACCGCGGGGAGGUCGCGCUGGUGGCCCGCCGGGCGCUGGAGCCCGGCGCGGAGGUGACCAUCACCUACGGCGCGCAGAGCAGGGAGCAGCUGCUCUUCACGUUCGGCUUCGCGCUGGCGGAAGCGCGGGAGAAGGACAUCUCCUCGCUGUGCCUCCGGGUGCUCGGAGCUCUCACCUCGUCUUCAGCGGCGGGCUUUGGUGGCGUGGCCAGCUUGUGGCCCAAGCCGAGCGAG